CCUGCGCGGUAGCUCUCUCUGUGUGAGCCCGGAUCUGAUUGGAGGACGCCAUGGGGAAGGAAGUUUGCGAGCUUGUCCGGCGCAUAGUCCUUUAAAAGAGAAAUAUAUCAAAACUGUACACGAACAGCGUUUUCCUUUACAGACUUGUUUUAUUGUGGUAUUUAGAUUUGCUGCGGUAAGAAAGGAUGCGGUGUUUUUUUUUAAAUCACAUUGUUGGCUUUUUUCUUGAAUAUUAUACUGGCUGUCACAAGACGCUGGUUCCGUUUGAAGCUGCUUCCCUUGCAGUGCGAGUCACGAGUUUUCUCAGGUGAAUCUUUGUUUGAGUUUCCAGUAAGGAGCGCAUGAAUUAGUACGGUCCGGGACAGGCUGUUUAUUCAAGUCAACUGCUUGCAUUCGGCUCAGGAGCCAACCGCUGUUCAAAUUUCACCCGCAAUUUGCUGUGGUGGUCGAUAACGCUUUCUAUUGAUUUUGUUGCUCCGAAUGAAUAUUUGAACAAUGAUUUCCUUGGAAGAAGUGAGGUCCCGCUUGGAACUGGCCGGCCAGUCACAUUUGUUACGGUUCUGGCCUGAGCUCAGCGCCGAUGAACGGGACUCCUUCCUGGGCGAACUGUCUCAGCUAGAGCCCGAGGAGUUGAGGGCGCACUGCCGGGCGGCUGCAGAAGCUGGCAGCCGGGAUUCGGGUGCUGUGGGGCUGCUGGACCAGCGCAUGGAGCCCAUGUCCGCGGAAUUCAUCGGGAGCGUCAGCAGGAGUGACCAGGAGACUUUAAAACAAUGGGAAGACGAAGGGUUCCGGCAGAUUUCUCAGAACAAGGUGGCUGUUCUUCUCCUGGCGGGGGGUCAGGGCACUCGUUUGGGGGUGCCUUACCCUAAGGGGAUGUACAACGUGGGGCUCCCGAGUGGCAAGACUCUGUACCAGGUGCAGGCAGAGCGCAUCCGCAGAGCAGAGCAGUUAGCAGCUGAGAAGUGUGGCUCCAGCAAGUGCACUAUCCCAUGGUACAUCAUGACCAGUGAAUUUACAUUGGAACCAACAGAGAAGUUUUUCAAGGAAAACCAGUACUUUAAGCUAGACCAGUCUAAUGUGGUCAUGUUUGAGCAGAGGAUGAUCCCGGCAGUUUCGUUUGAUGGGAAAGCCAUCCUGGAAAACAAGGCGAAGGUGGCGAUGGCACCAGAUGGCAAUGGUGGUCUGUACCGGGCGUUGGUGGAUGGGAAGAUCCUUGAGGAUAUGGAGCGGCGAGGAGUUCAGUACAUACACGUGUACUGUGUGGACAACAUCCUGGUCAAAAUGGCAGAUCCACUUUUUAUUGGCUUCUGUGUGUCGAAAGGAGCAGACUGUGGGGCAAAGGUGGUAGAGAAAGCCUACCCCACAGAGCCGGUGGGGGUGGUGUGCCGUGUGGACGGGGCCCAUCAGGUCGUGGAGUACAGCGAGAUCAGCCUGGAGACGGCGGAGAAGCGAAACGCGGACGGGUCGCUGGUGUUCAACGCUGGGAACAUCUGCAACCACUUCUUCACCCUCAGCUUCCUCAAGUCCGUUGCAGAGAAAUUCGAACCCAAGUUAAAACAACACGUGGCUUUGAAGAAGGUGCCCUACGUGGAUGAGGAAGGAAACCUGGUGAAACCUGAUAAGCCCAACGGGAUCAAGAUGGAGAAGUUUGUGUUCGACGUCUUCCAGUUUUCCAAGAAUUUCGUGGCUUUCGAGGUGUCCAGAGCGGACGAGUUUUCCCCUUUAAAGAAUGCCGACCCUGCGGCCAAGGACACUCCAGCCACGGCGCGCCGGGCCCUGCUGGCACAGCACUACCGCUGGGCGCUGGGUGCCGGGGCCAGCUUCCUGGACGGGGAGAACAGGAAGCUGCCGGAGAAGCCCAGUCUGUCCGAAAACGAAGAGCCCCCUGCGGUGUGUGAGAUUUCUCCGUUAGUGUCCUGCUUCGGGGAGGGUCUUGGGGUGCUGAUGAGGGGCCGGGAGAUUCACUCUCCCUUCGUACUUGAUGAAAAGAAAGCAGAAGAGAUCCGGAAGAGUCAAUAACCGCUGGAACUGUUUACAAUAAACCUGGCUGGUCACUUUACUGGAGUAAACAUUCCAGAUUUUAAAAAAAGUGCCUUUUUUUCUGGGAGAAUGAUCAUGAUUUAUACUGUAUUUGAUUUUAUUAUUUUUUUUUUUUAAUUUCCUGGCUUAAAAUGUAUCCUGUACUAAUUAACUCCUGCUUAUAAACAUUUUGUGAAGUUUCA